AUGAGAAUGUAUACUCCUGUAUCAAAUUUAGUUGAAAGGGAAGUUAAAUAAGAUUAUAGAUUAUUUUUGAAAAAGAAUUCAGAAAUAAACAUAAGUUUAAUUCAAAAUAAUUAAGAUAUUAUCCUUUUAUUUACAAUCCAAAUAGAUGAAAUUAAUUGUUUAUUGAUCCAUUUAUAUUUUUAUCAUUUUGAAUUGGAAAAAGAAAUUUUAUAGGUCAACAUAUGGCAUUAAUGGAAAUUAAAUGUUUAUUGA